UACUGCCAUCAAUGGACUUAUCAAAAAAGUUCCAUAUUGGUAAAUCGCUAUUCCUUUUAGACAUUUUCGUCCGUUAAACACACACAAAACACAAAAUAUCUCACUUAAUACCUAAAUCGUCCUUACACUAUUAUAUACAAUCAUAGAUAGUCAAUAUACAUAAAUAUUACGUGUCCUAUCACUAUUAUUCACUAUUAAUUACUAACACUAUAAAACAUGAACGCUAUAACACUAUGAAAUAUGUUUACGCGUGAGCCGCCUGAGAUCGCAAGUACGCGGUGCGAAAAAUAUUAGCGCGAGCGACCGAUAGCAAUCGCAAGCAUGCGACGACUGGCCGCCCCGCCCACCGCCGCCGGCCGCGCCGCGUCUUGCUAUCUGCUAUUGCUAGGGGCAACGCAAAUAGAAGACGGCGAGACGAAGGUACGGUACAGACACGGCGCAGAUACGGUGCAGGCGCGAUAUCUGCGCAAACAGACGCGGGGACGAUACGGCAAGUUAAGUCAUUAUAGAGCGUGAUAUUGACGGGAUAAGACAUGUAUUCCUCUUCAGACGAAGAUGAAGAUGCACUGGCUUUGCUACAGAUUAUUAAUUUACAGCAAAGACCAAGAAGGUAUUGGAUACAUCCAGUGUGGAGAAAUGCCGAAGAGCACAGGUACUAUAAAAUAAUGGAAACAUUAUAUGAAUAUCCUGAUCGUUUUCGCACAGUUUAUAAAAUGUCACUGGAAUGUUACCAUAUCGUAUUGUCAAAAGUAAGAGAAGGACUUCGGAAGCAAGUUACAAAUUGGAGAAAACCAAUCAGCCCUGAAGAAAGACUACUGAUAACUUUAAGAUACUACUCAGAUGGCUGUUCGUUUACAUCACUUUCUGGAUAUGUAUUGAGAGGAGGCAGUACCGUCCGGCAAAUUGUGCAUGAAACCUCUAGCGUUUUGUGGGAAUGCCUACAGCCGGAAUAUAUGCCUGUACCUACACGACAAAAAUGGGUAGAAGUUGCUGAACGGUUUUACACUCUCUGGAAUUUACCGAAUUGUGUUGGGAGUUUAGAUGGAAAGCAUAUUAGAAUUACAGCGCCCAUCAACUCGGGUUCGACUUUCAUAAAUUAUAAGGGAUAUUUCUCUAUUGUAUUGUUAGCAGUUGUAGAUGCAGAUGGUUUCUUUUUAACUAUAGAUGUUGGUGAAUACGGCCGAAAUAGUGAUGGGCGAGUAUUACAAGUUAGCUCUUUUGGACAAGCUAUGGAUCUAGGCGAUCUCGAUUUACCGAACCCUACACCUUUGCCUGGAGAAACACAGAAUGUGCCCUUUUAUUUUGUGGCAGAUGAAGCUUUUCCACUAAAAAGAAAUAUUAUGAGACCAUAUGGUCGAAAUCAAUUGACUAAUGAGAGAAGAGCUUAUAAUAACAGGUUGUCAAGGGCACGUAAGUCAGUAGAAUGUGCCUAUGGUAUGUUAGCGUCAAAGUUUGGUGGACUUUACACGCCUAUUUGCUGCAAACCAGAAUAUGUUGAUAAUAUUAUAAAAGCAAUGUGUGUGUUGCAUAACGUAAUUCGCACAUGUGAUGGUAAAAAAUCAAAUCCACGGUUUAGAAAUAAUUUGAUAGGAGCAAACAUUAACAUGCGAUUAAUGGGAGAAAAUCCCUACCAUAUCAGGGAAUAUCUUACAACAUAUCUAACACAACGAUCUCCGAUUCCGUUUCAGACUAGACAUAAUGUUUAAAAUUUAAAUAAAAUACAUACCUGUU